AUGGCGUCCGCAUUGAACUGCACGCAAUUCACUGUGCCAUAUCCGGAGCCGGGCACCGAUGAAGUUGGGAAUAGCACGAUUCCAUGGUUGAUUACUACAGUUGUAAAAGCAUACCGGCCGUUUCACUACUAUAUACUCACUUUUUUAGUUGUUUUUGCAUUUUUUGCAAAUAUUAUGAUUGUGAAAGUUCUUUCCCACAAAGAAAUGAUUCGUUCUGGUGUGAAUGUUACUAUGUUGCUUAUUGCGGUUUGUGAUUUUGGGUGUUCAAUUGCAGGACUUUUACAAUUAUUUUUGAGAAGCUACUCAGACAACUAUACAUCAUACCCAACUGCUUAUGGACAGAUAGCGGUUGACUAUUUAGCUGUAGCAUUCCAUGCAUCCUCCUUAUAUCUCGCUGUGGGAAUGGCAUUUUGUAGAGUCAAAUCGUUAAACAUUGCAAAUAGAAACAAAGAUCUUUGGCAAUCACCUAAUUAUGCAGUACGAGUUGCUUGUGCUUUGUGCGCACCUGUUUUCCUAAUUGCCACCUUUGUGCUUUUCAUAAACGCCGUAAAAAACACCGAGGAAGAAGGCAUUUAUUUGGAUAUUUCUGAUUUAUCGCUGCUCAGUGAGUGCUUGUUCAUGAAAGCUUCUCUCAUGGCUAGUGGGCUUUGUUUUAAGAUUGCUCCGUGUCUUCUAAUGCUGGUAUUGUCGCUGUUCCUUCUGAGACGAAUUGACGAGGGAAAACAAAGUGCGCAGAAUGCAGCGGCAAAUCAGAAAGGAAAAAAAGAUAAAAUCGACCGCUCAUCUAGAUUCAUACAAUUUGUUCUAGUCGUAUUUCUAAUCACUGAGUCACCACAAGGAGUUUUCAGCAUUCUUGGUGGCUUUAUGAUAUUAGAUUACAUAAACUAUUUUCAAAAUCUAUCAAUUUUUAUGAAUAUUUUGGCAUUUUUCAACACUACUACAAGUUUUAUCAUUUAUAGCUCGUUAUCGGCAAAAUUUAGAAGAAUUUUCGCUCAACUUUUUCUACCAAGCCAGGUUUUGGAGAAAAUUUAUUUGAAGCGAAGUACGGUUGUGGUUCAUUCAAUUGCACAUUCUUCACGGACAGUUUGA